AUGGACGGCCUCUGGCAAUACCUGCCUGAGUACGAGCCCAACAACCCCAUGCUCUUCGUGGGCAUUGCGCCCAUGAAUGUUCGUCUGGAUGCCAAGUGGGAGCGGGUUCACAACCCCUUGCCCAAGCAUGAGGAGAGCCCUUUUUUCGACGCAAGCCGCCGUGCCUUCAGCGAUGAUCGGCUUUUUUUGCCGGCCCUGGAGCUGUCUGUAGGCGACAGGUCCUGGCCAAAGACUGUUGAAGUCCCCCCAGCUUUGGCAGAAGGAGUGUUCCUCGUCCUGACGCAGUGUCAGUUCGAAGGAGGCAACCCGGUCACUGAUCCGCAGGCUUUCCUCUGCCAAGUCGUCGUUGGCGGCGACUUCCAGAAAUCUUGCAAUGCUGACUGGAGCAUCUGGUCUCCCCGACCCAUCAGCUGGGUCCAGGUGUCGUUCGCUCGCACGCCUGCCGGGACGAGAAUGAUGAUCCAUGCUGGAGAGGAUGGAAUGGGCGCGCAGGUCAUGUGCGAACUGAAGCUCGAAGAUUGCGGCAUCAAUCCCGAGGCGCCAUAUCGGCCAGUGAUCUUCUACGGCACAGUGGCGUACACUCGGGUGGAGGACGUGUUCGACCGCAGCCACUUCUGA